ACGGCAAAGAUGGGGAAGUGGCGAAAUAUGUGGCGAUAUUUUGAUUCUGUCAUUCAAUGUUCGUGAAAGCUUCCGCGAAGGUUGUUUUUCGCGACGUGAAAGAAGGGCUUUAUAGUGAAAAUGCUGGAAAAUUGUUGUGUAGAGUGAUUGGAUGAUAUCAGAAGUGCUGUGCCAAGUGUAUGUGAAAGACAAUGAGUGGUUUUUGGAGGAUAUGCCUGAGGCAGCUCCUCUGGUUCCUGAUCCAUCAACUCCUCCUGACAAAUGCCACCCACUUGACGGGGACCUUCGAUCCGUCGGAUUUCUUCAAGUUCCUCAUCAAAUUCGGCUUCCAGAAGACAGAACGGCACUCCCAGAGAGAUUCCUAUGGCUACAUCUAUGGCAACAUUACAGCCAAAGAGAAUUACUACCCUGUCAAUCUUACCUUUGCUGUCCUGGACAAGUACACCUUCCUUGAGGGCUUCUACGGCAAUCGAACACUCCUGGAUCGUGAAGCUGCGUGUCAGAGGAUGUUCUCCACCCUUGAUAAAAUUGCCUACAAUGCAGAAUGCAAUCCCCAUGCCAAGGUGGACUACUUGAGGCAGGUGCCCUGCAGGAAGGGCCAACUCUGCUGGGAUGAGGAUACUCCAGCCAAUGUGGUCUCCGGAAGUCAGUUUACCUACGUCAUCAGCGAUCUCAUCCAACCCAGAUUUUGGUACGUGUCCCUUGUGGCGUGCUACAGGAACACAACCACUUGUCGUUGGCAUCACUUUGAUCCGGGAAAAUUUAACAUGGGUCAUGCACCGGAAAUUCACUAUGAUAUUCAUCUGGUUAAUGGAAACCCCAAUCAGUCGGCCUACAUCCCGCUGACACUGCACUUUCCCUUCGAUCGUCAGAACACGCUGGAGAUGUACCUGAUCUUCUUUGUAGUGUAUCUGGUUCUGGUGCCGCUGCAAGUUCAUGCAAUGCGGCGUCAGAAUCAUCCGGUGACACGUCUAUUCACCAUCAGUCUCCUUCUUGAGUUUGCCAGUCUAUGCCUCAUUCUCGUACAUAUGAUACGCUUUGCAAUGAAUGGCGUAGGCAAUGAGAAUUUUGCAACAGCAGGAGAAAUUUUUGAUAUAUUUAGCCGGACACUGUUCAUGCUGAUCUUGCUGCUCCUGGCCAAGGGAUGGGCAGUAACACGACAGCAGAUCAGUCGUACAGGAUGGAUAAUUCUCAUGACCAUUUGGAUACCGUACUGUGCACUCAAUGUGAUGCUGUACGUGUGGAAUCGCACAGAAGUGGACAUCAUCAGCGAUGUGGAUGAGUAUCAGACGUGGCCAGGAUGGAUUGUCUUGGUGUGCCGGUCGAGUAUUAUGCUGUGGUUCCUCUGGGAACUGAGGAAUACCAUGCGCUAUGAACAUUCCACCAAGAAGCUCGAUUUUCUGCUUCAUUUUGGAGCAUCGAGUCUUGUGUGGUUCAUUUACUUGCCUGUUGUGGCUUUAGUUGCACUUCAGGUGAGCCCCUUGUGGCGCUACAAACUUCUCUUGGGCAUCACAAAUUCGGCUGAUUGUCUAGCUUUCUGCGUCAUGACAUCGUUCCUGUGGCCAAAUAGGGCUGGACAAUAUCUUCUACUAGCGGGUAACUUUUCAGGCAUGGAUGAGCUGGAUGAAUUCAACGAGGCACCCCAUAUUGUCCAUGGGGAGACUUUCCUGCCGCCCAAUUCUGCGGACAGUGUUCAAGGUGAGAGUGUGAGCGACAGCGGUGUCGACACGCAUCUUGCUGCAGAUCUGGACAACAGUGGCAUUCCUGUGGAUGGAUACGAACGUAUCGUCCUGGCGAAUGGUGAUGUGAGUACUGAUCUCCUCAGUGGAGACGACAUUGUGCGUCCUCUCGAGAGUAGGGUCCUACGUCUCAAUGGGGAUGCCAUUCGGCUGCAUCGGAAUGGGGCACGGAUGGCAUGAGGUAACGUAGGAGGAAGUGGGGUUUCUCUGAACAGUGGCUCACCGAUUGAGUGUUAUUUUGAAGCAGUAUCCUGCGUAAUCACCUGUUUAUUAGCUCUGAGGAAACUUGAGAGAUUAUUUACUGUCAUAGAACUGAUCAGAUACGUACUUUUUCUCGGACUUGUUCACACUUUAGAUAAAAUUUUCUAAAUAAUUCAAUCUCUGAGCCAUGUAGUAGUUGAUUUUUUAUAUAAUCCUAAUUUGUUAUUAUUAUUAUUUUUUUUGGUAGAAAUAUUUAAAUUCGUCUUAGUAUUUAGAUAUUAAGUAAUGAUAACAAAAGUAUUUCCAUUGGCCAAAAUCUCCCUCAAUCCGAGGGAGAGUGUGUUGAAAUGACGAUGAAUGGUAUAAACUGAAAAGAUCUUUGAUAAGAUCUUGAAAAAUUUGCAUAUUUUUCCCAUCCCAAAAGUUAGUUUAUAAGGAAAUUAUAUCUUAAGCAUUCACAUUUGAUAAAUCACAGAUGGUGGAAAAUAACCACAAAAUAGAAAAAAAAUAAUAGUUGAACGCACAUUUUACUAAAACAAAAACAAAAAUAAAAUACAAUGAAUAUUUGUAGGAAAAUGAUUGAGGGAAAAGUGAUUAACGGGGGUGAGAAUGAAAGAAUGUGAUUAAAAAGAUAACUUUUUCCCAGAGACAUUCACUAAAAAAAAAAAAUAAGAAAACAAAUUUCACUAAAUAUUCAUGCAGAAUUUUUCGAUAAACAAAUGGCUUGAGCUGAACAAAUUGUGCCAUAAUAUUAGACAAUUUUUUUCAGAGAUGAGCAAGUAAGUAAUGGAUAUUUUUCAUGGACAAAAAUCUAAAACGAGCAAACAUUUUUUUAGAGCAUUAGAUGAAUGAAUCAGUAUAGAUUUGAUUUUUUUUGUAACAGAACAAAAAUAUAAAAAAAUAGGAAGUUGUGGAUUUUUUUAAAACAGUCAUUUGGUAUUGGGCGAACUUCACAAUAUUCACUUUUAUUUGUCUUUAAUUUAUGAAAUAAAUUUUUAUAGGUCUUCACGAUUUACUUACAGCAAGCAGCGCAUAGCCGGGUUUAAGUACAUAAUGGUUAUUGAAAAUGUUGACGAAAUGGUCCAUUUUGACGAAAAUUUCUCACAAUUUUGUAUGAUCAAAGUUAUUCUUUAUGUUAGCCAAGACGUAAACCUUUAUUCGGUGUGGUUGACGAAAGUUGAAUUAGAAAGUUUAUCUGGCGAUAAGAUUAAUAUUAAUAUAAAUUCUGAACGGCGAGAAUGCCAAAAAAGAUAGCAAGUGUUUGAUCUUUGCGAACUUUGCGCUUGCCAACUGCGAUCACUCACGUACAAAGUUGGCAAGCGUGGAAACUACUCGAAAACUGCCCGAAACACAAUUGCUAAUUUUGCUUAUUAAUUAAUUUUUUGCUAUUUCAUUCUACAAUGACAGAAAACAGCUAAUAAACUCAAAAGUUUUUUCGGCACGCUAGAAACAUAUGGGAAACAUAGGAAACGUCAUGCCCCUGUCUGAAACAACACAAAUUCUGCGAAUAUUCUAAUUUUAGCAUGUCUCAAAUGGUGUACUUACAUGCUUCAUAGACAGAUUGAGUUUAAAAGAAAACCUAAAAUCGACUUCGAAAGCUAAAGAAAAGACAAUUUUACUUCUUGUUUUGCCCGCAUGGUGGCCGAAGUACUUCCUAUUCAAAUUUCGAAAUAUCUCAAGUAUCAAAAUGUUACUUGUUUUUGGCUAAUUUCUUUAUAAUUCCCCUCGUAAUCACAGAGUAAAACUUUUAAUAGAUUCUUAGUGUGAUGUUUCAUAAUUUUUUUCCACCUGCAAAAAUUUAGUUCAAAAAUUCGAAACUGUGUUUGAAUUCUUUAAACUUCAACACUUUUUGUGUAAAAAGUAUCUAAGACACUAUUGGAAUGAACGGGAAGAUAGCCGGAUUUUUAUUUUGUAAAAGUGUCUCGGCUAAAAGGCGAACAAUUUUAUUUACAUAAAAUGUCAAUGGUCGAAAAAUUCAAACUUAAUUUUGACUUUUUGUAUUUAAAAAUCGCUCAGGGACCCAAAACAAGCAGCAAGAAGUGUCUCUUUGUAGCAAAAAAAUAUCAAAAAUUGUUAAAAAUUACUAAAAUAGUAAAUAUCCCCGGAAAUUUAGAGCCAAUCUGGCGAUGCGUAGCUGUAAUCAAACGUUAGACAUUUUUUAAAUAAUUAAAAAGAUUCUAAAUCGACCCACUGAAGGAGGUCUACACCAAGGGCCGAAAGCUUUAGAGAAAAACUCGAACCUUUAAUUUGGAAAGAGGAAUAAUUUUCUGAUGAACACCGGCACAAUUUCUUUGUUCAUUUCGAGCACCUAAUGGCUUCCAUGAUCGUCGGAUGUAAAUCCGAAAAACGUCUCCAUAGGACGUGUUUUUCUUUUGGGUAAGUUCAGGACAAAAAAUUACUAAUUACCAAAUCUACCAGAGGAUUCAUAUUCCGGAAGCUCACGUUUGGACAGCAUGCGAUACGUUCAGCAGCAAAGCUAGGGCUUUAGUUGAUGCUUAAAGUGCUUACAUCGAAUUCUUUAUAUAGUUUCUCGAACAUUGAAAAAUUUCGGACUCUUCUCGUUACCACAAUAAAAUUCAGCGUUUUGGAGAGUUAAACUUCAAGUGAAUUACUUUGUUUAGUAUUUUAAAAAAAAUGGAACAGGAAUAAAGCCUCGUUGGCUUGAUAUCCUCCAUAAUCAAUUAAAGAUGACUGACCUAUGUUGAGUAUUUUUCACACUGCGAGACGCUACGAACUUCGAACAGGAAACACUUUAACCAUCAUGCGGACGAAACGAGAAUUAAAAAUGUCUUCUUCGGCUUUCGAAAUCGAUCUUCGAAUCUUUUUUUUUUCUUGAAAAAACUGAUUAUCCCGGCGGGACCAAACUACGUAUAAACUGUGUAUAUACGUUGUACGAAUACUCAGUAUCAUCAUGUACGCCCAUACAUUUUACUCAGUACUAUUUGCACCAAAUGAGACCCGAAGUGUGCUUUGGUGUGAGUGUGUCCGUGUGAAGUAUUAUCUCUUACAGAGUAAAUACGCAGUACUACAUACAUCGUAAAUAUAAUAAAAACCCCGUAUGACAGAAAAUGCUGUUGGCAGGCGUGUUGUCAGCUGUUUUGACAACGGGAAAUAUUUUCCAUUGGAAUAUUCUGUUUACAAAUUAUGUGUUACAAUUAUUAGUAAUUUCAGUGAUUAUAAUAAUAUAAUAAUUAUGCGAUGCUGUGUUAUCUGUAGAAAAUAGUGAAGUGAAAAUAUUAAAGAAGUUGCAAACCUAAAAUACGCGUGUUUUUAUUCCAUUCUGUGAGUGUUUUUGCAAAAUAUUUUUUUUUACACGAUACUUUGUGAUUAUCUAAAUUGUUCAAUCGUUGCCUCUGGUUAAAUAAAAUAUAUUAAAAUCCUUGUGACUUCUAUAAUUUCGUCAAUAUUUGGAAAUAAAAACGGCAGGUGCAUGUGACAAGUUUGUUUGGUCGCCAUUUGGUCGUGUGCGUCUGUAUGUGUGUGUUGACAGUUAUUUUGCAGUUACAAGUAUGUAGUUUAUACGGAGUUUUCGUACAAAUAUGUACUCUCAGUACAGAAAUACGUAGUUUAUACUGUGUAUGUGAGUGAACUUGUAUUUUUGAAUGACAAGUACUCAUCAAAUACAUAAUACAUGUGUAACUAUGUAUUUUUCCUCCACGAAUAAGUCGUAAAUACAUUGUAUGUCAUGUGAACUGUGUAUUUUGGUCCCGCCGGGAUAUUACGAUAUUUUGGAUAGACUUACAAAUGGAAUUACAGUAGUGAUUGAUCGAUGUACACUCAAACGUAAUCACUGAGAAAAAAAAGAGGCUACGAUUAACUUAUUUUCGUCAUAACUUUAACACUUUUUAGGUGUAAAAAUAUAUAAACAUUUUUUCAUGUUAAUUUUACACCUUUUGAGGGUAAAAUUAACAUGAAAAAAGAGUAACUUUAACCCAUAACACACCUAAAAAGGGUAAUAUUUACACCGAUAUCGGAUCAAUACUGCAGGGUAAAGACGUUAAGCAGUCUGCAAUAAUUUGCCCUUCUCUGCGCUUUUAACUUGGUAAAGCUUUUUGGAAAAGGUUGUUUUUUUUCUAAAAUUUUCUUUUGCUUUCAGUCAAUCGAUCCAAAGGCUUUUCUAAAAGUAUUUUUUAUAACAAACGGCUGUUUUAAAGAAUUCCACACCAAAUAGAUUUUAGAGAAGCUAACUAUUUAUUACGAACUAGUAGAAAUUAAUGUCAAACAAUUACUCUAAAAGUAAAUUAUGUCAAUUCUUAUUAAGAAGAGGAGAUUCUAUAGGGGUUGUAAAAUUCUAGUGAAAAUAAUUUUCUUUUUUUGUUUUCAAAUGUUAGAUUUGCUUUAUGCGACAAAAAAUGGGUAAAUCACGACAAUCAGCACACCAUUUAAUUUUUACUGCAUUCUUUUGUCUCAUUCUUUGGAGUCCCUUGCAAAGAAAGCAUUAUAACUUUUAAUGUUUCUCUCAAAUAUUUGGAAAGAUGAUUAAUGGAUGCUAAUGAAAAUAGUAUUUAUUUUUUGCUAAAACAGAGAACUAAAAAUAUAAACUGAAAUGAAGUAGAUGAAAGAAAAUAGAGCCUUUUGUGUAAAUAACUUUCACAUACCAACAAUAUUACUGAUAAUUGAGAUAAAGAAAAGCAAAGACGACAAUUGCUUAUAGCAUGAUAUAUUUAUUUAUUCAUUUCUUUAGUUAUUUUCUUACAUACUGAAAGAUAAUCCAAAAAAAUGCAGAAGAAACAGAAAAUAAUAAAUAGAUAUGAAGGACAGGAAAAAAGUAGGAAGAGUAGAAAUUUUGAGAGAUAGAAAGAUAUAGAAAAGGAUUUAGUUUGGCGAGAAAAGAAUCAGUUGGUUUAGCAAGUUGAUGCAAUUUUCUAGUGGAAUUUAUGUUUUAACAAUGAUUGUGAUUUUCAAUAAAUUAAGUUCGUAUUUGGUUUAAUAUAUUGAAA